AUGACAUUCAUGUCAAAGUCAAAGACAAGUGCGCUGCUGAGGAUGAGUAAGGAGCAGAUUGAAAACGUUCCUCUUCAGGUGUCCAACGUGACAUCAGGUGAAGAACAAACGGAGAGAGCACAAUGGUCAAACGCGUUUCAAGGUGUCAUUGCUCAGCUUGGAUAUUCUGUGGGUCUAGCAAACUUAUGGAGAUUCCCUUACGUCUGUCAAAGAAACGGAGGAGGUGCGUUUCUGAUACCUCACAUAAUCUGCAUCCUGGUGUUGGCUAUACCGCUCUUCUUCCUGGAGAUUGCUCUUGGUCAGUUCUCCCGUAAAGGUCCGAUACGGGUUUGGGCAAUGUGUCCGCCACUGAAAGGUAUCGGUUAUGGUAUACUGAUAGUCAAUUGUGUCAUCGUCCCGUACUACAGCAUGGUGUUUGCCUGGGCCCUGUAUUACCUGUACAACUCCUUCUCCACCGUCCUGCCCUGGACAACUUGUGGCAAUUCAUGGAACACACCACAAUGUGUGGCUGCUGCUGGGUCGAGACCUGCCAUUAACAGUUCGACGAUGAAUGCUAUGUUGAGUCUCGACACAACAAGAACGGCAGAUUCAAAUCUCUCGGGAACAUUCAAAAAUGCAUUUGGUCACACAUCAACAGAGGAGUUUUGGCAAUACAAAGUCCUUGUUAUUUCCUCGAGCUUGGAAGAUAUGGGAUCCCUGCAGCCGCAUCUCGUCAUUUGCUGGAUUCUUACCUGUGUGAGCAUGUUCUUGUGUUUGAUGAAAGGAGUCAAAUCUCUGGGGAAGGUGUGGUUAGAAGCUCUUCUCCAUGUGUUCUACUCUUCGGGACCGGCCUGGGGAUCUCUGAUUGUCAUUGCAAGCCACAACCCCCCUGGCAACAAUAUUGUCAGAGAUGCUGUUGUGGUUACCUUAUUAGGCGAGUUGACAAGCGUUUAUGCCGGUUUUAUUGUGUUCGCAACGGUCGGUUUUCUGGCUCACACUCUUGAGGCGCCAGUAGCUGACGUCAUCACUUCAGGUGUGGAACGUUUCUCUGUUGACGUUGAGGCUAUGAUAGGAAAGCGGCUUCCAGUUGUCUACAAGCUGAUGUGCUUCAUCGUUGUUCCUGCCUUGCUGCUGGCAUCUAUGGUGCUAACCAUCGUAGCCUACAAGCCACCAACAUAUGCAGACUAUGAGUACCCACCAAUCGCCGUCACCAUUGCUGCUAUCUACGAGGGCGAAUGGUGUGUCGGGAGGAUUGAGGAUAUUGAUCAUGAAGAUGGUGACUGCGAGAUAACUUUCCUGCAGAAAAGUAAGGGGCUGUUCAAGUGGCUUGCCAAAGAAGAUAAGCUAUGGGUUGAUGGUGCCAACAUCAUCGGUGCCCACUAG